AUGGCUCCUUUCCUCUCGUUUGUCAAGAAAAACAAGAAAGACAAGGCCAAAGACGGGUCGACCUCGAAAGGUGCUGUAAGGGGUGACGAGAACAGCCAACCUUUUGACGACCGCUUCGAAGAAGACCGAAAUUUCAAAAUCCGAGAUGGUUAUAUGAGACCUGCAUAUCGCGGACGAGCAGCGAGUCACAGCCAAAGCCGUAGCAGCGGUAGCCACACAGUAGCUCACGACGGCCCAACGCCCGAGGAUUACGCGCGCUGGAACAAUCCUUCGCCUCCGGCUUCUCGCCUAGGUCAUGAACGGUCGACGUCCUUCUCCAUGGCUCGCUCGUACGCUCCUGACGUGUCAGGCGACCACCAGGCGCUCGUUGAGCAGAUUUCUGCCGAAAGGCAGCGCGUUCCUGAGCCCGCACCUGUCCCUGUCCCAGUUCCAGUCUCGAUGUCAGCCACGUCCUCAACUCCUAACAAACUCCGGCGUCGAACAGUCUCAGGUCCCACCCCAAGUUCCUCCUUUACCCAGCCUUUGAAAUCAAACAUCCCUGCUCCUUCGGCCUCAGGGUCUAACACCGUCACUGCUACAUUGCAAGGAGAAGACCCGCUCAAGAGGAUGAAAUACGAUUUACAAGUUACGACCUUCCUGCUUAACAAGCUCAAGUCGUCGUCCUCGAAUCCGAAUCCUCCACGGCAUUACGAACCACCGCCCAAGCAACCCCAUCCCCGACCACUCCGACAGGUUGACCCAAGGAAUCUGGUCGACCCGUGGAUUGAUGGGAGGCAUGGAACGGAGUUUCAUCAGAUUCAUAACCAUGGGCUAUUGUUGCAUCCGUCGUAUGGUGGUGGAUAUCCUUAUCAGCCGUCGGCCCAGUCUAGGAGUGCCCUCGAUCCUAGGAGGACGCAGACACCGGCUCCUGCUGUGGACAAGAGGGUGAACCAAUGGGUUGACGAGCAUAGCGGUGGCGGAGGCAGGAGGAAGCGGUACGCGAGCGACGCGGCUGCGCACCGUCCAGCUCAUCCUCCGCCCGUGACUUCCUACCACCGUCCUUCGACAUCAACCUCCUCUCAUCCUCAGUUCGUCCCACCACCCCACCCUCCUCCAGGAAGCUCACGCUCCUCCGGAAGUUCAAGAGCCGAAGACCAUUAUCAUCACUACCCAUCCUCCUCCCAACCCCAGCCCCAACCCCCACCCGUAUUCGGCAACUUCCGCCAACCAUCAUACUCCUACACCCCCGCUCAAGGGCAACCAUCUGGAUCUGGAGGAGGACGGCACAAGAAGCGCCAGUCGAUGCCUGUCACCCUCCGCCCGGAGACCAUCAUGCCGACUUUGGAACCCGAGACUAUCGUCCCUCUCGAUCCGGUGGAUGCACACUACCGGAUGGGCAACGUCGAUUCUUCUGGAGGGGGACCGAGGAGGGUGAGGUUCAGAGGGGCUGAUUCGGUGAUUGGCUCACCCUCCCCUCGCAAGGCGGUGUUCACGUCAUUGCCACAAAGGGGUCGAUGA